UAGUGGAACUUCAUUUCGUGGAAAGUGGAUACUUCUAUAAAUUUGUUAAGCAAACACCACAAAAGAUUUUCAACUGUUAAAAAUUUCAACUUUUCAUUUUAUCCGUAAACCAAAUGACACCCCCUUUUUUUUUUAAAUUUUUUUUUUUUUUUUAUAUAUAUAGUAAUUAUGGUUUAUGGUACUUACAUAGUCUUGCAUUCUUACAUCCCAUAGAUUGAUUCUCAAUUUCUCAUAUAUCUUGUACUUGUAUGAGUUGUAUCAUUUGAAGGUCUAUAUACUUUACAUCUUUAUACGUUUUUUUUAAUCCUAAAUUUUUAGUGAAGGGUAUUAAAUUGAAACUCCAAUAUUUAAUGCCACAUCGAGAUUCGAGAGUUCCAAGAUACAAUUACUUUACUUCCUCCAUUUAAAAAAAUAAAAAAAUAGAGUUUAGUCAAAAUAAACUCUGAGAGAUUGCCAACUGUGAGGUCUAAUGUCCUCAAAAAAGGAAAAAAAAAAAGAAAAAAAAAGUGUGAGGUCUAAUCAAAAUUCAUACGGUCAAUUCAUCACAAUAAUAAAUGUGGUUGAAAUUAACAAAAAGCGCGCUAAAUUUACAGUGAGGUUGACCGUGACUACUCAACCAUGGAGUGCAACCAAGAAGAAGAGAAGAUAAUUCAUCAUGACAUAAAACCUUGCUGCUUUUUCAAGCUGAUUCUCUUUCCUAAUUUACAAUCUAACAAGUUGGUACGUAUUUUUCCAUUGCUAAUUUAAUGUGCUAAUUAUGAUUUUAUGAUAAAUAAAGUCGUGUUCUUUAAUUUCUUCAAAAAAAAAAAAAAAAAUGUUGUUCUUUUGAUUUAUUGGAUUAACUAUACGGAGUAUUACAUUGAUGUACAAUUAGUUGUUACACAAACGUUACUACUUCAAAUUAUACUAUCAACACGCACGAACAAAUUCUAAUUAAGAGUGUUUCUACGCCUCUAUGGGGUUAAGUGGUCAUAUUGUCAUGCUAUAUAUAAUUUAAGCACCUAGCAGUAUAGCAUAUUAGCAUGGAAAAAUAUUUGUGUUUAUUAGGAAGUAAAUUAUUAAUUCGAUAUUUAAUUUGCAUUUUCAUGGUUUACUCGGGUUUUGUAGGACUAUUGACAUCGAUUAUAAUUGUAUAAUUAUGUUAUGUAAUGAUACAUAAAUGCAACUUCAUGUCUGAUGCUUCUGUUACUUGUAUAUUCGCAUAAACAAAGACAAACAGGCUUUGAGUUUUUUGGUUAUGUACAGAUGAUUCCGGAGAAGUUUGCAAGAGCAUUCGGCGAAGAACUCUCUGAUGUUGCUAUCCUUAGAGUGCCUACAGGUGAAACCCGGAAAGUUGCAAUAGUCGAAGAGGGUGACAACUUAUGGUUUCAUGAUGGUUGGCAGGAUUUCGUGGAGUGUUACUCCAUAGGUUAUGCAUCCUUUUUGUUGUUCAAAUAUGACGGGAACUCAAACUUCUGCGUGCAUAUUUUUGAUCGAUCUGCUUGUGAGAUUUCCUAUCAAUGCAAUGCAGUUGCACGGAAUAAUGUUAUAAAACCACAAUAUGAUCCUUGUCCUGAACAAAUCGAUGAUGAUGCUCAGGAGAGUCGCGAAAUAUUGCAUUCAGAAGAAAUAAUUGAACUGGAUAGUGAUGAUGAGACAAAUGAUGCAAGAGAAUGCAGUCCAUUUGUUAUAUAAUUUACUAGAAAAGUUACUGAUUUUAACAGGUUUCUGCAUAGUAAAGAUAUCAAAGCUAUUCUUAUUGCAGGGUAUAUUUACAGUUACAACUUGGGGAAUAUAGAAGGGGUAAUGAACGCGGUAGCUGCUGCUGGAAUUCCCUUGCCUGAUAAACCUUACUUUGUUACUGAUAUUAAAAAGUAUGCUGUGCAUAAUGGACUGUACUUGAAUGUUCCCGUGUCUUUUUGUGAUGAUCAUCUCAAAUGCAAUGUGAUGCAAUCAAAGUUUAUAAAGCUUGUGGCAUAUGGUGGAAAACAAGUGACAGUUAAAUGUAUAAGAAGUCAAUCUAGAUGUACUUUUGGUUCAGGGUGGAUCAUCUUUGCGCGAGGGGCUGGUUUGGAGGUAGGAGAUGUAUGUGUUUUCGAGCUUACUGAUGCAAUAAAUUAUGUGCUGCAUGUUCAUAUUGCUAAGAAAUCACAGAUCAAGGCUACUGCUUGAGUGCUUGACAACGCGAUGUUAAAACAUAGUGUAGCAUGUAGCAUUGUUAAUCCCUGUAGCCCGUACUAGUAUCAUUUUGGCUUAAUUUGA